GGAGAAAGGGCUGAUAUAAAUAAAGAAACGCAAUGCACGGCCUGUGAGGGAGAAAACAUCGUGCACAAAGUGAGCAGGGCCUGCAGAGGGUCCGGACUCGGCGUUCAGGCCCGAGCAGGGAGAGCAACGAGGCGACAAAAUAAAAAACCACGUGAUCCAAAAUGGGCAGUCCUCUGACGGUGCUGAAAAAAGCCAUUUUCUGGCGCCGCUGCACAAUUCUGCCCAAGUGCAAAUAAUUUCACCUGGAGUCCGGCUGGGAGCAGAGAGUGGGAACUUUGAUGUCUGAUCAGUGUGAUUCUGCAGCCCCCUCGGUGUCGGUGCUCUCCCUCUGGAUGUGCCGGGCCCCCGGCCGCGCACCCGCCCGCCCGCACGCCUGCCUGCUCAGACGGGCAGAGAACGGCGGAGCUCCGGGGAAAUGGAGUCGCUCUUUGUUGGCCGAGGGGGAGUCGGGAGCUUGGUGCACAAGACGAGGCCACACAGAGGGUGAUUCAAUAGCUGGCCGCUGCGUGUUGCUGCCCUCAGAGGGGGGUAUUAAUCGCAGCAGCGUGCAGUAAAGAGUUGUUUUAGGUCUGUUUGUUGUGGUUUCACAAGGUGCUGUCCCAAGGACGAGCUGUACACAAAUUGUCUUGCCCGAGAGCAGCAGCGGUGCGAGAGAUCACCAAAUCAAACACAUUCACAUUUCGGGUGCUUCUGCCCCUCCACCCCCUAUACCCCCACAGAUCUGUCCAGAUGGAUAAAAUGCAGCCGAACCGGGUCAAAAUCACAGAUCUGAACCCGCUGCUCACAUGUCCGCUGUGCGCCGGCUACCUGAUUGAUGCUACAACCAUCGUAGAGUGUCUGCACUCCUUCUGUAAAACAUGCAUUGUUGCCUUCCUCGAAACAAAUAAGUUCUGUCCUCGCUGUGACGUCCAAGUGCACAAGACAUGUCCACAGCUAAGCAUCAGAGCGGACAAAACUCUGCAAGAUAUAGUUUAUAAGCUGGUUCCAGGGCUCUUCAAAGACGAGAUGAAAAGGAGGCGAGACUUCUACGCAGAGAACCGGGAGCUGGAACCGGGUGAAGUGGUAGAAACGUUUAACAUCGCAGAAGAUGAAAUAAUCAGUCUGUCCAUACAGUUCUACGAGAGGAACCGAAGCAAUGAAAGGCAGCGAUCGGAGAUGGAAGGAGACAAGUCCAAUGGGAAACGCUUCUUGCAGUGCCCAGCAGCUAUGUCUGUCAUGCACUUAGCGAAGUUCCUCCGGAGCAAGAUGGAUAUACCAAACAACUACCGGGUGGAGGUGCUGUAUGGGGAUGAGCCAUUGAAGGACUAUUACACACUAAUGGAUAUCGCCUACUUCUACGAGUGGAGAAGAACCGGACCUAUCCCCUUGCAGUACCUGGUCAAACCCACCCGGAAACGCAGGAGGCCUUUGCAGUCCGCCGCCCAGGGCAACUCUGACGGCGUCAACACCAGCCCGACGUCAGAGAGCGACUCUCAGAGCGACAAACUCCACAGUCCUGCCGCAGUCCAGCCGCCCAGAGCCCCCUCCCAGACGAGUGCCGCUUCCCACAACGCUUCCCCCGCCAUCCAAAGCCCCAAUGGCACCACGGUACCCAACAGCACUCAGCGACACGCGCUGUCCUCCAAACAGGGCUCCAGCAGCCGGAAGGUGACCGUCAACGGCACGAGCUCCGGGGCCAGCAAAGAGGAGGCACGGGGCGGCGACAAAAGCGGUGCGCCUCCAACGACUUAACCCCCACGGGGCGGCGGAGGAGGACAGUGAUAUUUAAGCUGCUCCCUGUUUUGAUUUCUCCAAGUAGCCGACAGAGGCCCGAGCUUUCAUCCUUCUGGACAGGCAGGAGGCGGAUCGCCGUUAUCUUUCAGCUGGAAAGACUGAGACAUGCAGCCAAAUAGACUCUUGUAUGUGCGUGUUUGUGUGGUAGAGUAGAGCCGUGCACACAUACAAACUGUACAGGAUGUAUCAAAUGUGAGCAUGUGUGCAUACAUAUGUAUAAACUUAUCUUUUAUACAAGAUAUCGUAACCGUUUUUGUAUCGUAUAUGCAGUGACUCCGUUUCAUUUCCACAGACGUCCACUUGGCUUCCACGGCAGAAUCAUCAAAGCUUUUUGUGGUGCGAGUCGCUGCAUACAGUUGGAUGUUGAAGGAAAAAAAAAAAAAGACAAGCUAAUUCUCGCCUUUUUAAAGAGUUUCUCUGAAAGUGUCUGAUAUAAGCAGCGCCUCAUCGGGUAGCGUGUACAUUUAUGGAAAACCAUUGAUGCACUUUGAAGGUCCAGUCACGGAAGCUGGCGGGUAUUUUCUCAGCAGGAGAAUCUCCAGCCGUAUUUUCACACUCAAGUCCAAGCACUACCACACUGACGGGCAACGUGUUCGUCAGCACGCUGUCACUGCUCAAAGAACUGAGUGAAAAAGAAGGGAUUUUGGAAAUUUGCCAUGUAUGUUGUUCCGUACAUUUCAACAUUCCCUUUUUGUUGCUUUUCAACAGAUUCUUUUUUUUAAUCAGCCAUAUGUGCAUGUUUUAGGUCAAUAAAAUGUUUACUUACUAGGUUUUUCUGA